AUGUCAUCUUUCUUGAGAGAGUUUGAGCACCUGAAAAUUCCACUUCAAACCAUAAAAGAUGCCACCAACAACUUCGGUGAAGACAAAUUCAUUGCUGAAGGUGGAUAUGGGAAGGUAUAUAGAGGCGAAUUCUUAGGCUCCGAGGGGGUGAUGAUCACGGGUGCUGCAAAACGGUGGAGUACUUCCAACGAGGAUGGAGAUCCCGAGUUUCAAAGGGAGAUCAUGUUGCUUUCCGAUAAUAAACAUGAAAAUCUCAUCUCACUCCUGGGAUUCUGUUAUGAGAAUAACGAAAGGAUCCUUGUGUAUAAGUACGCACCAAAUAAAAGCCUCGACUUUCAUCUACAGGACCCCAACUUCACUUGGAUUCAACGUCUCAAGAUAUGUCUUGGAGCUGCACGUGGCUUGGAGUACCUUCACAAUCCCAGGGGUGCCCAACGUGUCCUCCAUUUUGAUAUCAAGAGUGCCAACAUCCUAUUGGAUGAGAACUGGAACGCCAAAAUUGCAGAUUUUGGCUUAUCCAAAUAUGGUCCUGCCACCAGAAAUCGCUCGUAUCUUAUCACUCAAGCCAAAGGCACUCAAGGUUAUGCUGACCCGGUGUUCUUACAGACGAUGAUAUACACUAAAGAAUCAGACGUGUACUCUUUCGGUGUGGUAUUAUUCGAAGUCUUGUGCUCAAGAUUUUGUUUUGAUCCCAAGUUCAAUGAUAGACGCCGAUCCCUUCCAAUAUUGGCAAAGACCUCAACUAAAGAAGAGAUACGAGAUAAUUAUGUCAGUUUCGAUCUUAGGCAACAAAUGGAAGAGGAUUCUUUCGAUAAGUUCGUUACAGUUGCACACCAAUGUUUAGGAAAACAGCAGAAACAACGGCCAUCAAUGGAUUUGAUCGUGAAAGAGAUUGAAACUGCGCUCAAAUUUCAAGUAUGUUCUACAACUCUUCUCUUUAUUACUUGCCCAAUAUCAACAAUCGCUACAAAAAAUCAAAUAACAUUGAAACAGCAAUUAAUGCAAUCUAACCCAAAAAACUGA